AUGGCAUUUUUCAAAAGUUUUCAGCAGAAUCUGCCUUCAGUGUCCUCCCUGGUAGACACAAUCAGUAGUGCUGUGGAAGACUUGAGCACUGCGGUUGGGGAAGUCAGCUGUGCAUUAAGUGACUCAGUCGCUGGGCAGGUAGCAAGUAUGAUGCAUGGCUUUUACCCAGAGGAGGAAAGCUGCACAGCAGAAGAGGCUGCAGGGUCUUCUAAAGCCAGAAGUGCAGUACCGUGGGAUAGCUCCAAAAGCAGUGCUGGUCAGAAAACACAGUCUGACAGAGAGCACGGAGCCAAGCAAAGCUCCUGUUGUGACAUCUCAGCUCCUCAAAAGCAAGAACAAGAAAUGUAUGAACAGGAAUUUUAUGUUCGUGAUGGGCAGUGGACACCUUCAGAACACAAAGCAACUGGAGAUGGUGCAGGUGGUUCUGCUUUGCAAGGCUUCUUGAAUGAUGGGAUAUCAGCUGCCAAGCAGAAAAUGGUGGCUGUACCCAGUUGUCAUGAACUGGAACGUCCUGACAAAGGAGAGAUAGCUGGAGGAGGAAGCUCCAGGAGUGGUAGGCGUGGUUUUGAGGAGGUAAGUUAUCUCGAAGUGACAGGGAAGCUGGACACCAGUGGGCAAGAGGCUACGGGUGACUCCAAAGCCAGACUGCAGCGUGCGGCCGUGAGCAGAGAGCAUGGGCAGUCGGGGAGCUUCGCUGAAAAUAGACAUCUUACAGAUUCAGAGCGUUCUGAUCAUUUAAAAAAAGCUAAAAAACAUGAUAAACAUGAUGGAUUCGAAGGGAAUGAGUAUUCAGGAAACAAAUGUUCUCCAGAAGAUAACAUGAGAAACAUCAGACACAGGACACAGAAAUCCAUUGUGAAGGAAUACACACAUCCAGCUCCAUCAACAAAUUGUAAAAUCAAGUUUCCCGUGAAAAUCAAAGAAAAAAUAAAUCCAACAAAGUACUACAAAGUGAAAGGAAAUAUAAAAACAAAGAAAAAUGAAGCUAAUUCUGCUAAGAGAGGAACAGCAGAGAAUAAAGUUGGCAAAUAUUCUAAGAUAUUACCAGAAAAAGAUAAUUCCUACUUGGACAGAGAUGACCCUGGUUCAUCCUCUGAAAGUGAAGAUGAAGCGUUGGGUAAAUAUCACGAGGCCUUAUCCAGAACACACACUUCCAGGUGGCCAUUGGUGGAUUCUAGACAAAAGAACUACGCCUGGGAAACAAGGCAGAAAUACAGCCCGUUGUCUGCGGAGUAUGACGGGUACAGCAGUGAAGCGUCCAUGGAGGAUGGAAACUGCAUUCAGAGAAUGAGAAGGACACCUCCAUUGGAUGAGCUGCAGCCACCACCUUACCAAGAUGACAGCGGUUCGCCUCACCUCUCAUGCACACCCUCUGAGAUCGGGGAUGGCAAGUGUGAGAUUUCCCGCUGCAGCAACAGCCCACGCUGCUCUUUCAACAAGUGCCCCAGCGAAGGAAGCACAGGGCAUGAGGCAGAGAGCUUUCACAAUAAAGGCUAUGAAGAUGAUGUCCCUAGCGACAGCACCGCAGUCCUCAGCCCUGAAGACAUGUCAGCCCAAGGAUCCUCCUCACAGCUUCCUAAACCUUUUGAUCCAGAGCCGGAAGCUAAAUACGGCACACUGGAUGUGACCUUUGACUAUGACUCACAAAGACAGAAGCUUUUGGUGACGGUGACAGCUGUCACAGACAUUCCAACGUAUAACAGGACAGGUGGCAACUCGUGGCAGGUGCAUCUUGUUCUUCUACCUAUAAAGAAACAGAGAGCCAAAACCAGCAUCCAGAGAGGACCAUGCCCUGUCUUCACAGAAACAUUCAAAUUUAACCACGUUGAAUCAGAGAUGAUCGGAAACUAUGCAGUUAGGUUUAGACUGUACGGUGUUCAUCGUAUGAAGAAAGAAAAGAUUGUGGGGGAAAAGAUUUUUUAUUUAACAAAGUUGAAUCUUCAAGGGAAAAUGUCGUUACCAGUGAUACUGGAGCCUUCCUACAACCCUUCUGGCUGUGACUCCCAGGUGAGCUUGUCAGAAGUGUCCUGUGGUGAAAGUACAUCCUCCUGUCAGUCCCUUGAACAUGGCUCCGUUCCAGAGAUCCUCAUUGGGCUCCUUUACAAUGCCACCACGGGACGGCUAUCAGCAGAAGUGAUCAAAGGCAGCCACUUCAAAAACCUGGCAGCAAACAGACCACCCAAUACAUAUGUUAAAUUAACACUGCUGAAUUCCAUGGGCCAAGAGAUGUCCAAGUGCAAGACAUCCACCCGCAGAGGGCAGCCAAACCCGGUGUACAAGGAAACUUUUGUUUUUCAAGUGGCCUUGUUUCAACUUUCUGAUGUGACUCUGAUACUGUCUGUGUAUAACAAGCGCAGCAUGAAAAGAAAGGAGAUGAUAGGCUGGAUUUCCUUAGGUCUCAACAGCUCUGGGGAGGAGGAGCUCAGACACUGGACUGCAAUGAAGGAGUCCAAGGGACAGCAAGUGUGCAGGUGGCACGCCCUGCUGGAGUCCUGAGCAAGGAGCUGCUCCCUGGAGAGUCCUCGUCGACACCCUGCCACAAUGCUCCACUCUUUGGGAAGGACCAUCAGUGCUGAGCUGAGGGAACAGGGCUUUGUCUCUGGUAGAGCUCUGUGAGAAACCAAGAAACUUGUCAGUGUCAAGCAGUCCUCCAGAAAUUGAAGUACAUGCUUUUGAUUUGAAUUUUAUUUUAUUCAGUGAAAAGGCUAGGAAUUUUGUGGUGAUUGUGGUUUUUAAACCAAAAUUUCCAUUGUAGCACUGCAUAUCAUUGUCCACAUACUACCCAUAAAGCGUAUGUUGGCCAGUCCUUGGAUGAAGCUCAGCCAUCACGGUCACAUCUCCAGGCUCGUUCACGCUGAUGAUAGUUUCAUCUCAGAUGUGUUCUCUCUGUGCCUCAGCCUUUCUUAUAGUACUAAACCCAAGUGCAAAAUUCCUCGAAGCAAAGUUUAAGCUUGGUUUCUUUGAAGUUUGUCUUUGCUCCAUUUAUUUAUUUAUUUAUUUAUUUAUUUAUUUAUUUAUUUAUUUAUUUAUUUAUUUAUUUGAUCCAAAGAGACUAUGCCCCAUUGAUCCCUUGCAAACUUUUCUGACUGUACUGCAGAAACUUCAUAACUUUAUCGUCGAGUCCUUUGUGUACUCUAUGUCCCAAUGUAGAAAAUGGUAGAGCAAACUCUCAUUUGGAAUCGCUUUCAGUGAUCAGUUUUCGCAGCUGUAUGAUGUGGCAGGCAUGGUGGGUAAUUGUUGCAAAUGGAAGGCAUUCUAGUUAAAGGAGUUUUGACUAUCUGUUCCUAGUGUUGAGCCUGCAGGCAGCAUCGGAACAGGCUCCUGGGGUCCUUAUUCACUCCGAUUUCUUUGUGGUUCUCAGCUUUAAUACAGUUAGGAGCAUUCUGCGAUCCCUGUGUUCUAGUGACUUGUGCUGUGUUUUGUGACGUCUUCAGCGUGAUGUCACCCUGUGCCUUUCAUGCAAGUUGACCUUGCUUACACAGCUGGGAAGCCGUAUUUGCAAACUUGGCCUUCAGCACUCACAGGAGUGAAGCCCUCGGCUGCCAUGCCGAUGCCGCGCUUUGCAGCGUGGGAGGCAGCGGGCUUGCUGGCCUCCUCAUGGUCGAGCACUUUCUUGUCUUGUCUUCAUAUUUAGAAACCAUAGGCCAACUGGAUAUAACAGAAGCUAUUUUCUUUUAGUUUUCCUUCUUACCUGACAGAAAUGGUAUGUUUAUGCUUUACUAGAGCGUGUUCUGUGUCCAUGAAAUGGUUUUCCUUCUGCUCUUUCACAUUCCUAGUUCAACCUGACAAAAAUGUGUUAUUUACCAACUAAUGAAAAGUUGUGUCGCAGUUCCGAUCCCAGCUGAGCACUCUGUACUGUUACUGUGAGCUAGAAUUCAUCGAACCCAGACUAGCAGAGCUGCACACUGACUGGUAAGAAUGUAGUAGUACUGAAAGGCCUUAAACACACCCGGAAGGCUUUGAGCACCUACAUUUUAGUUUAAAAGAAGGCAUCUCUAUGCUUUGAAACACAGCAUCUUAAGAGGAAAAGAUACAGACAGGAAGCAUGAAGUUAGUUAAAAGGCAGAAAUUUCAGAGCCCAGCAUAGUGGCUUAUCCCUGUAAUGCUAGUACUUAGGAGGCUGAGGCAGGAGGAUUACUGUGAGUUUGACACUAUCUAAACCAUCCUGGACUACAGAGUGAGAACUGUCAAAAAAAGGGGGGGGUAUAUUAAAAAAAUAGCAUUAAAAAGACAGCAUUAGGGCUGGGGAUAUGGCUCAGCCACUGAAGGCCAGGUUCACCACCAAAAUAAAAAGAAAAGGCCCUUCUACCACUCGACUAGUGAGCAUUCCAGGACUGGUUUGGGGAGAGGAGGUAUUCUUUCUUUCUUUCUUUUGUUAUUUUUUUUAAGUGUUAUUGAAGAACAUAGUAAGGCAAAAUGUGAAGAAGGCUAUAGGUUACUCUGAAAAUUGGGUGCAGGCAUUUGAUGCUAAGUGAGCUUUUACCUGCUUUGAAACAGUUACCCGCAUGACUAACAACUGCUGUCUUCCUAACAAAGUCACUGAUCUUGUUUGUGACGAAGUUCAGUUGGACUAUAUAAGACCAGCUUGGUGCUUUCACUGUGUGGAGAGGAAAACCUGUUACCUGUUCAACCUCCUUUCUGGAGACUGCCCAGAACUGUAUGUACUCCCAAAGAUCUGGUGUCUGGUGUAAGUGUUCCUUCAUGUACAGCCUGGAAAGUGAUUUCAGUCUUCUUUAACUUCAGGAACAGACCUCCCACCCUCUGUCCCAUUUUCCAAGUCCUCAGUGAUUAUAAAUUGGGUAUGCCUGUAACUGCACACACAGCACAGUGUGCUGUGCACAUGCAAAGGCGAAGGUACCGCUUUUCAAUGUAACCCGACAGGAAGGUGUUUCUCUGCAGGCCAUGGGCUGCUGUUUCUCCUCUGUAAAAUUUCUAAAUGUGAUAUUAGGUUUAGAGCCAAAUGCUGCUAUUCUGUCACAUAUACACAAAUAUGCAUCUUUUUUUUCUCUCCUGUGAUUUAACGUAAAUACUUUCCCAAAUUAUCUGAGUCACAGAUGUUGACUCAGAAUCUUGAAAAUGAAAGUCUACACUCUUUGUGUCUUGCUAAAAUCAAAUGAAAUAUCCAGACUCCACAGCUGACUGGAAUAUGGGGUAGUCUCAGCUUCCUCAGUGUGGCUGUGGGCUGCUGUCCAGGAGCGCAGUAUUGUCUGACCUCAGAAGCAAGCUUCUGUAGUUGUGGAGCCUGAGUACCAAGCACCUUGUAUUGAAAUUACAGCUAUGUAUUAUCUCGCUGCAUGUUGGUGAGUUCUCAGUACUGUGUCGACUAACAAAAGUUAUUUAUCAGACCAUGUUUUAAGAAAAAGAAAAAAUACUUAAACUGUCUGGAUGACUGUGCUACUGUGAAGUUGAGCGUUGGCUGGGGGUCAGAUCUGAUCUGUGCAAAACACAGCUCUCUGUGUUACAUCACCACUUCAGUGAUGCCUGGGAGUCUGACCACAUUACUAGACAAGCAGAAACAGUCUAGGCUGUCCUUGACAAUGAGGAAUACAAAUGCUAUCAUAGCUUUCUAGGGAGUUAAGAAGCAGGAGAGUUGUUUAAAGUGUACUUGGUGGAAGACCAGUGGUCCCCAACCAGUUUUUUCAAAAUCCUUGUUCAGCUAUCAAUAGAAAAGACACAGAGUUCAUUAGCAGAAAUAUUUAUGUCCAUAGACUGGAGAAUUCAUAGAAAAAUUUACAUUCCUGGUUGUUAUUCCUAAGUUUCUUUCUCUUACUCUCUUUAUAAUCCAUUUCUUCCUCCUCAUCUGCCACUGGAGAGUGACCAUCCGUGUCAUUGUCACCGGCAGUCUGAUGCUAAGACAAGGUGGGGCAUGCUGUGAAGCCCUUCAAACACGCUACAACGCGGACAAUGUUACAGCUAUAACUUAGUCAAGAACUGAGACAAUAAUUGGUUGUUUUAUUUGAUUCUCACUACAUAUUAAGAGGCAAGUAGCAUCACUAGUGUUUUCUCUGUGAAGAAGCUGCUGCUGGGGGACCUGAGCUGAACCCCCUAAGGUUGCUCCUCUUUUAAGUGAACCACAGUAGAACUGGGGUCACUCCAAGCCCACUUAUGCACAUUGUAUCUUCACCCUCUUUAUUAUGGGCGAAAAAAGCAGCAUUGUGCUGGGGCAAUUUCUGCCCAGCUUAUCUGAACGGCAGAGAUAGGCCCGAGAGAGUAGAGCUUAGAAAGUGAAAA